AUGGCUCCAGCACCUUACCAAACGUAUGGCCCACUUCUCGACCCGUCGCUGAUGGCCGCAUUUCCCGACGAUCAGACGCAGCAGUCUCUGCUGGACACAUCCAUCACCUCCCAGUAUAUCGCCCACAACCGAUCCUCUUCAGUUCGUAGCCCAUCCCAUCCACAAUCGCCGGCGCUCGCGGCUGACGCUCUAGUCGCGCCAGCUGCUCUCCCAAGCCGGGCUGCCCCGAUGGCUCAUGUGAGUCGGCAGAAGGAGAUGGCGAUGGGUGGUGGCAACCUGAUGGGCGGGGUGGGCAUAUACGCUGAUGGUGGCAGUCCAAGCUGGUCGAGCAACAGCCAUGGCGAUAUCCUCACGGGCUCAGCUCUGGCAGGUGUGGGUGGCUGCGGGAGCGGUGGAAUGACGGUGGUCAUACCGCUUCCGCGCUCUGCCCGCAACAGUAUACCCUCAUAUCUUGAUGUCUACUGGGACAAAUUCAACGUUCUGUAUCCAUUCAUUCACCGGGGCACAGUUGGGGGUGUUGGAGAAGACGCGCUCAGAUGCGCGAUGGCUGCCAUAGCGACGCAAUUUCUUGACAACAAGGACGAUCGCAUCCGGGGGAAUCAGCUCCACGAGUUCGCCUCGCAGGAGGCGAAGCGCCACACACAACUCUCGCAGUGGAGCCUUCAGGUCAAGCAGGCCAUUCUCCUCUGCGAAGUCUUUUCUCGAUUUCGAGGCCGGAAGGCAUCGGUACGGCCCUCGAAACUGUUCGAAAACCUCUAUUCGAGGGUCCUCGAAAACACCCCUACCAUGUUCAGUACGGCUUCUCUUGGAAACAAUGCCAUGGAAGUCAAUACAACCAACGAGGAGCGUUGGCACACAUGGAUCGAUGAAGAGGCUCGUCGACGGCUGCUAACUGUGUGCUUCAUCGUGGACAACCACACGUCCUUGUACCAUCAACAGCCCCGUGCCAGGGACGAUAUCGACACUUCAACAAUACCCCUCACAGGCCAUAGUGAUGGCCUUUGGGCUGCCACAUCGGCGAACGAGUGGGCAAAAAUCCUCGAAACCUCACCAGCGGCAAAUACUCCUCGUUUCAUUCCCCCUCCCAACGCUCUGACGCCGGACGGGGUAGCCAGACAUGGCUGCCUUGACCAGAUGGCCAUUCUUCAUAGCGAAGCAUCCAGGCUGCCACGGCGCCAAUACGACUGCUCGUCAAUCGACCUCGACGACCAGAACAGCUUCACAGCAGACGACCUACGUACACCGACUACCGCGUCCUACAACCAGAGUUUUAGCGGCGCUUUCUCCGAAGAGCGCCUUGUACAAUUAUUCUCGAUGACAGCCAUUUCUCCCGGGCCUAGCAUCUAUCUCGCCCUCCACCACACUCCUCUUCACGAUCUGCUCGCUGUCAGCGGCGACAGCUGGGUCUUCAGCCAGAAGGUCGUCAGUUUUUCGACGUUUUCGGAGAACCAGAAGCGCCUUAGGGCCUGGGCCGAGGGCCGACCUCCCUCCAAGUCGCCCGGCACCCAGCAGCAGUCCUCGGCUGGCACCCUCGAAGGAAUGUCCUGUGCCCAGGCAACCUGCCAUGCCGCCCGCGCCCUGCUCGGCUUCCUCGAAGGAAACGGCCCCACCACGCCCCAGGCCGGCUGUAUCAGUGACUACUGGGGCAUGUACGUUUGCGCGCUGAUUAUCUGGGCCUUCGGCCACCGGGCCGCGCGGUCCUCGUCGUCCUUCUCCCCGCAGAAGACCCCCCUCCCCGAGGACGAGGCCAUCAGUUGGCUGCAGUCUGUUGCCGGCAUCCAGAGGCCUGAAGACGCUACGAGGAUGAAGCAUCGGAGGGAGGCCAGCGCCGGCGUGGUGUCGCUGGUGAAGAGGAAGCUUCAUGCGGACUGCGUCGGCCCGAGGAGUCAGCUCUACGUUGACGCCGUGGGCGUGCUGAAGAAGCUGGAAGAGGGACUUAAUUGGAGGUGGUUUUAA